AUGACCCUGAGCACGGAGAUGUCCGAUGCCUCCGGCCUCGCGGAGGAGACAGACAUCGACGUGGUAGGGGAGGGCGAGGACGAAGACGACGAAGAAGAGGAGGACGACGACGAGGGCAGCGGUGGCGUGUCCCGCCUGGCGGUGCCCGCGCAGCGGCGGCGGCGGCGGCGCUCCUACGCCGGGGAGGACGAGCUAGAGGACCUGGAGGAGGAGGAGGAGGAGGAGGACGAUGACAUCCUCGGCUACCGGCCGCACCCACUCGGCGCCGCCCUGCCCGCCCCACUGCAGGCCUCGGCUGCCAAGGCGGGCGGCCCGGGAGCCUCGGCGCUGGCGCGCUCGCCCUUCUCCAUCGAGAGCAUCAUUGGGGGCAGCCUGGGCCCGGCCGCCGCCGCCGCCGCCGCCGCGCAAGCCGCCGUUGCCGUGCAGGCCUCGCCCUCACCCUCUCCGGUGACGCCGUCCGCGCCCGCGCCCGGAUCCGCCGGCGGCGGCGGCGGCGGCGGCUGCGCGGUUCAGGCGGCCGUGGGCCCGGCUGCCGCGCUCACCCGCUCGCUCGUGGCCGCCGCGGCCGCCGCCGCCUCCUCGGUCUCCUCGUCGGCCGCCCUGGGGACUCUGCACCAAGGGACUGCCCUGUCCAGUGUCGAGAACUUUACUGCUAGGAUUUCAAAUUGUUAAUAACGCUAUGUUAGCGCGCUUGGGAGAGAAGCACGACAAAGAGAGGAGACAUUGGAACGG